AUGGCUACAGGUUUGGAAGGUGUGCAGGAUGCCCUGCUGGCCAUCGCCCAAGGCCAGACGAAGCUCAUCUCGGCGGUUGAAUCCAUAUCCCAACGUGUGAGCAGCUUGGAGAUGACUCGCGAAACGGAAACCUCCUCAAAACCCAACGGCGAAGCUCCAAGCCCAGCCGCCACCCCGCUCGUUUCCGGCUAUGUCCAGACACCGCCGCUGUUGCAGGCUGAUGCCGGCGUCAUGUCACCAUCAUCACCGCCCGCCGACGUCACAAAGUCCAACUUCUCCAACCGCGUCGUGCUCACCACCUAUCCCAAGCAAAUCGGUAUCAACCCUCUACCGAUGGAAUGGGGCGCGGCCGAUCCCGUCAAGCGUGGCCCGGUAGCUGUCAUCCGAUCUGCUUCGACCAUCCGCAGACGCAACGCCAUCGGUGCCCACGGUGGUUCAUACUCGGUUUACUAUGCACUGGCUCUGGCGAGUAAGGAGCUGGAUCCAGACCACAAGCCUGACUUCACCAACACCGAGCCCGCCGUCAACAUUGGCCCCUUCCCUCAAUGGGGAGACCCCAAAAAGAUUGUAGCCAUGGACCCUUGGGGCCAUCAGGUCCCUUGGAUCUUCAAGGAUCUUAUGAAUAAGGAGGGUGUGGAUCUCCGGCCGACGAUUGCCAUCACGAAAGCCCAUAUGAAGCUACCCGAGCUUGAAGAGAGUGUUAAGAGCGGUAGAUUGGUCCCAGAUGGCAAGAUCUGCUUGAACAGCACGGGUGAACUCGCGGUAACCAAGUUCGCCGUCGAGCCUGUUUGGUACCUCCCCGGAGUCGCCGAACGCUUCGGUAUCGAUGAGGGCACCUUGCGCAGAUCCCUCUUCGAGCAUACUGGUGGCAUGUAUCCGGAGCUGAUUACGCGCUCAGACAUCAAGGUCUUCCUGCCCCCUAUUGGUGGUUUGACCGUGUACUGCUUCGGCGAUCCUGCGAAAAUGUCAGACCCUUCGAAGAAACUUGCGUUGAGGAUACACGACGAGUGUAACGGCAGUGAUGUUUUCUGUUCCGAUAUCUGCACUUGCAGACCUUACCUCAUCUUCGGUAUUGAGGAGGCCGUAAAGGAGGCUCAGAACGGCGGUAGCGGCGUGGUAAUCUAUUUCCGUAAGGAAGGUCGUGCCUUGGGCGAAGUCACAAAGGUAAUUGUGUACAACGCGAGAAAGCGCGGGGCAGAUCUUGCAUCGGACUAUUUCAAGCGCACCGAAAAUAUUGCCGGUGUGAAGGAUAUGCGAUUCCAAGCCUUGAUGCCCGAUAUCCUUCAUUGGCUGGGUAUUACCAAGAUUGACCGAAUGCUUAGCAUGAGCAACAUGAAACACGACGCCAUCGUCGGCCAAGGAAUCCCUAUUCUUGAGCGUGUUGAGCUCCCCGAAAGCUGGAUUCCAGCCGAUUCGAGAGUAGAGAUCGAUGCCAAGAUCAAUGCCGGUAUGAUGGCUGUCCAAUUCGAUCCUGCAAAUACCACACCACAACCGCCACAACUUGUCAGGUUCGAACGUGGAGGGGGUAGCAGGUGGGACUUAAUAAACAAUGAAUCUCAGAGCGACAAGGAGUGA